GUGGGCUGGUUUGACGGGCAGUGGCGUCUGCGCCGUUGGUGAAUGGCGUUGGUGGCGGGAAAGUUGAGUGUCUCUUGCGCCGAGCCUUCGGGGCGAUGUGUAGUGACUUCCAUAGGGCUGAGUCUGGGACCGAGCUCCUUGCCCGACUUGAAGGUAGAAGUUCCUUGAAAGAAAUAGAACCAAAUCUGUUUGCUGAUGAAGAUUCACCUGUGCAUGGUGAUAUUCUUGAAUUUCAUGGCUCAGAAGGAACAGGAAAAACAGAAAUGCUUUAUCACCUAACAGCACGAUGUAUACUUCCCAAAUCAGAAGGUGGCCUGGAAGUAGAAGUCUUAUUUAUUGACACAGAUUACCACUUCGAUAUGCUCCGGCUGGUUACAGUUCUUGAGCACAGACUAUCCCAAAGCUCUGAAGAAAUAAUCAAAUACUGCCUGGGAAGAUUUUUUUUGGUGUACUGCAGUAGUAGCACCCACCUACUUCUUACACUUUACUCGCUAGAAAGUAUGUUUUGUAGUCACCCGUCUCUCUGCCUUUUGAUUUUGGAUAGCCUGUCAGCUUUUUACUGGAUAGACCGUGUCAAUGGAGGAGAGAGUGUUAACUUACAGGAGUCUACUCUGAGGAAAUGUUCUCAGUGCUUACAGAAGCUUGUAAAUGACUAUCGCCUGGUUCUUUUUGCAACGACACAAACGAUAAUGCAGAAAGCCUCGAACUCGUCGGAAGAACCUUCUCAUGCCUCUCGACGCCUGUGUGACAUGGACAUAGACUACAGACCCUACCUCUGUAAGGCAUGGCAGCAACUGGUGAAGCACAGGAUGUUUUUCUCCAAACAAGAUGAUUCUCAAAGCAGCAACCAAUUUUCAUUAGUUUCACGUUGUUUAAAAAGUAACAGUUUUAAAAAACAUUUUUUUAUUAUUGGAGAAAGUGGGGUUGAAUUUUGUUGAUAUGUAUCAUAAAAUUAGUCUUUUGCAGGGUACUAUGCAAACCUUAAAAUUUUUCUUUCUCAAGACAGAGUCUCACUCUGUCUGGAGUGCUGUGGCUGGAGUGCAGUGGCACAAUCAUGGCUCACUGCAGCCUUGAACUCCUGGCGUCAAGGGAUCCUCCUAUGUGUGCCUCCCAGAGUGCAGGGAUUACAGGUGUGAGCCACUGCUCGUGGCCACAAGUUUUCUUUUCUUUCUUUCUUUUUUUUUGAGACAGAGUCUCACUCUGUUUCCCAGGCUGUUGGAGCGCAGUGGCACGAUCUCGGCUCACUGCAACCUCUGCCUCCUGGGUUCAAGCGAUUCUCCUGCCUCAGCCUCCCAAGUAGCUGGGAUUACAGGCACUCACCACCACGCCGGCCUAAUGUUUGUAUUUUUAGUAGAGACACGGUUUCACCACGUUGGCCAGGCUGGUCUCAAACUCUUGACCUCAAGUAAUCCACCCGCCUCGGCCUCCCAAAGUGCUGGGAUUGCAGGCCCGUGCCUGGCCCUAAAGUUUUAAACUCCAGGGGAAUUAACAGUAUUUCUUUACAGAAUGGAUUUGUUAAACUAGCACAGUAAAACUAAAGACUAUUCUGUUUCUAGGCUGUUGAAUCAAAGUGAUUUUAGCAAUUAAACUUUGUAUUAA